AUGGAACUGAAGCGGGAAUUAGGCCCGGCAUUUUUCAAGGGUGGAUUUAACCACAUGGGAGAAGAACUGUCCCUCAGUUGGACUGCAGAAGAAGAACAGAGAUUCAUGGAUAUGGUGAGAGAUAACCCUCCAUCUCAGGACAAGUGUUUUUGGGAUUAUGCUCAUAGGUAUUUUCCUCAGAAGACGAAGCAAGAGAUGGUCAGCUAUUACUUCAAUGUCUUCCAGGUUCGGCGGAGGAGUUACCAGAAUCGUGUGACGCCGAAAGAGAUUGAUAGUGAUGAUGAUGAAAACCCGUUUGGAUCUUUCACGGAUGGUUUUGGGUACGAUGCGAUCGAUGUUGGUGCUAGAGACGUAUGUUUAGUGAAUCGGGUGCGAAAUGAGUACCCCUAG